UCCCUUGAAAAAUCCUUUGGUCCCAAAGCCAAAUAGAAGAUACAAGAUGGGUCUCCCUCGCGUGAAGAAGGAAGCUUAUGUUGUCAAGCUGAAGCAGCUCUUGGAGACUUACAAGUCUAUCUUCCUCGUCAAUGUCGACAACGUUAGUUCCAACCAGAUGCAUCAGAUUCGUGUUUCCCUUCGUGGUAAGGGUGUUGUCCUGAUGGGUAAGAACACCAUGGUCCGCCGGGCUCUUCGCCUCUUUAUUGAGGAAAUCCCGACGUGUGAGCCUUUGCUUCCCUACAUCAAGGGAAACAUCGGUUUCGUCUUCACGAAUGGAGACUUGAAGGAGCUCCGUACCGUUAUCACCGCCAACAAGGUGGCCGCCCCUGCCCGUGCUGGUGCUCUCGCCACGGUCAAUGUCGUCAUUCCUGCUGGGAACACUGGUAUGGAGCCUGGCAAGACUGCUUUCUUCCAGGCACUGCGCAUUCCUACCAAGAUUGCCCGUGGUACCAUCGAAAUUGUCAAUGACAUUCAGGUCGUGACGGCUGGCGAGCGUGUUGGGACGUCUGAAGCGACUCUUCUUAACAUGCUUAACAUCUCACCGUUCACGUACGGUAUGACUGUAAUUCAGAUCUACGAUGGUGGUAAUAUCUUUAGUCCCGAUGUUCUCGACAUUGAUGAAAAGGUCCUCAUUGACCGCUUCUUAAGUGGUGUGAAGACCGUUGCCUCCAUUUCGCUCGCCCUUAAAUACCCGACCAUCGUUUCGAUGCCUCACCUCCUUGUCAAUGCCUACAAGAAUCUUCUCGCUCUCUCCAUUGCCACCGAGUACACCUUCGAAGGUGCUGAGAAGGUUAAGGAGUACCUUGCCAAUCCGGAAGCUUUUGCUGUUGCAGCUGUUCCUGCUGCCACUGCUGAUACCGGUGCUGCAGCUGAGGAGAAGGUUGAGGCAAAGGAAGAAGAGAAGGAAGAGUCUGAUGAUGACAUGGGCUUCGGCUUGUUUGACUAA